AACCAUAGUCAUAGUGCCGGGUUCUCCAAAUUCGACCUAAAUUUGCAGUUUUGCAUAUAAGAGCGUAUCAUAUUGCAGGGUUUAGGGCUCUGCAAUCCAGAAGUCGCUUGAAUCCUCCCACAAAAUUGUUCAUACCGACCUAAUUUAGUCAAAAUGCAGAUUGAUGGGUGUGAUUGACUUAUACAAUGGUUCAUCUCUUUGCAUGGUCAAAUCCAGCAACGGUUUUUGCUUUUCGUCAUCAUUGAAAACAAGAACUUGUGACUUUUCAAGGAAUCAGAGGAAGUUGAAUUGCAUGGCCUCUAUUAGCGCAACGGUCAAAGAGGGAAGACAACAAUUGACUGGGGAUUCCUUCAUCAGACAUCAUCUUAGAGAAUUGUCCCCAUAUCAAUCCAUAUUGCCCUUCGAGGUUUUGUCAACUCGUCUUGGUAGGAAGCCUGAGGAGAUUGUAAAAUUAGAUGCAAAUGAGAAUCCGUAUGGUCCACCUCCAGAGGUUUUCGAGGCAUUAGGAGCAAUGAAAUUUCCUUAUAUUUAUCCGGACCCUGAAAGUCGUAGACUGCGUGCUGCCCUUGCUGAGGAUUCUGGGCUUGAAUCUGAGUAUAUCCUUGUAGGCUGUGGGGCUGAUGAGCUAAUUGAUCUCAUUAUGCGGUGUGUGCUUGAUCCAGGUGACAGUAUUGUAGACUGUCCUCCAACCUUUACAAUGUAUGAAUUUGAUGCAGCUGUUAAUUGUGCACGUGUUAUAAAAGUACCUCGGAAGACAGACUUUAGCUUGGAUGUAGAAAAGAUUGCUGAAGCUGUUGAGCAUCAGAAACCAAAGAUCAUUUUUCUAACUUCUCCCAAUAAUCCUGAUGGGAGUUAUUUGCUUAAUCUAUUGGUUCCAUUGUCCUGUUUCUCCUCCUCCAUCACCAUGCCUGAUAACACUGAUGCUCACGUUACCACUCGUCUCCAAUCUCUCCAUAAUAGAAUGAAUACUCAGGAGGGGAAAAUGGACCAGAUCUCAACACAAAUGCAGGAUUUGACUGUCUUUUUCUCAUCCUUGAAGGAGCUCAUGGAGAAAAUGCUGCAGACUUCUCUCAACCGUCCUGUUGAAGAAGGUGCUUCUUUCGGUACCUUCCUCCGCUCUGGCCUCUCCAAUCCCCUUUUCCAACCCAUAGAUGAUUAG